GAACCCAAGCGGGUCAUGCCCGAGUCGUCACUGAGUCAAUGCGCCUCAGGUUUCUGUUUACAUCGUCACAAAACUCAAAGCCACGCUUCAUUGUUCAAUAUUCAAGCUUCUCAAAGAUUACCUCUGACUCGACCUCCUUGAAACCAGAUCCCAUUUACAAUCAUCUCUUACGAACUUGCGUCCAAGAAUGCAAACACAUCAAUACCCGCCACCUGUUCGACGAAAGGUCUCAGAGACUAACCCACGCUUUGAAAACAAGCAGAAUUGUCCAUGCCCAGAGCCUCAAAUUUGGAUUUGGGUCAAAAGGGUUGCUAGGAAACGCUAUAGUUGAUCUUUAUGCCAAGUGUGGCAAUGUAGACUUGGCUGAGAAGGUGUUUAAUAGGCUUGAAGAGAGGGAUAUUUUGGCUUGGAACUCUAUUUUGUCCAUUUAUUCGAAACGUGGGUUGUUUGAACAUGUUGUUAAAUCUUUUGGGUUGUUGUGUAAUUCUGGUGUGUUGCCAAAUGAGUUCACAUUUGCGAUGGUCUUAUCUGCUUGUGCCAAAGCAGUGGAUGUUAAUUACGGUAGGCAAAUACAUUGUUAUGUUGUUAAGAUUGGGAUUGAGAUGAGUGCUUUUUCUGAGGGCGCUCUUAUUGAUAUGUAUGCUAAGUGUGGUAAUGUGAGAGAUGCAAGGAGGGUUUUUGAUGGGGCAGUGGAUUUGGAUACGGUUUCGUGGACAUCAAUGAUUGCUGGGUAUGUUCAGGCUGGUUUGCCCGAAGCUGCGUUGGAAGUGUUUGAUGAGAUGAAGAAACUUGGCCGAGUUCCGGACCAGGUGGCUUCUGUGACUGUGAUAAAUGCAUGUGUUAGUCUAGGUCGGCUUGAUGAAGCAUGUGAAUUGUUCGAUCAGAUGCAAAACCCGAAUGUUGUAGCUUGGAAUGUGAUGAUAUCUGGGCAUGGCAAGAGAGGCUAUGAGGCAGAAGCGGUCAAUUUUUUUCAAAGAAUGAGGAAAGCUAGUGUUAAAUCCUCACGAUCCACGUUAGGCAGUGUAUUGAGUGCCAUUUCAGGUUUAGCAGCUCUUGACUUUGGCUUGAUAGUUCAUGCUGAGGCUAUUAAACAGGGUCUCGACUCUAAUGUUUAUGUGGGGAGUUCUUUGAUAAAUAUGUAUUCCAAGUGUGAGAAAAUGGAGUCCGCAAAGAAGGUUUUUGAUUCUUUGGAUGAAAGGAAUAUUGUCUUGUGGAAUGCUAUGCUUGGAGGUUAUUCACAGAAUGGGUAUGCCCAUGAAGUGGUGGAACUGUUCUCCACCAUGAAGAGCUCUGGUUUUCAGGCUGAUGAUUUUACCUAUACUAGCAUUUUGAGUUCAUGUGCUUGCCUGGACUAUUUGGAAGCGGGUCGCCAGUUGCAUACGGUCAUUAUCAAGAACAACUUUGCAUCUAACUUAUUUGUGGGGAAUGCAUUGGUUGACAUGUAUGCUAAGUCAGGUGCUCUGAAGGAAGCAAGACAACAAUUUGAGCGCAUAAGGAAUCAGGAUCAUGUUUCUUGGAAUGCAAUUAUUGUUGGAUAUGUGCAGGAAGGGGAUGAGUUUGAGGCUUUUAAUAUGUUUCGCAGAAUGAAUUUAUCUUGGAUUUUGCCUGAUGAAGUGUCCUUGGCCAGCAUCCUCAGUGCCUGUGCCAAUGUUCAAGGUCUCAAGCAAGGGAAACAGAUACACUGUAUGUCAGUCAAAGUUGGUCUAGAAACAAGUAUUUAUUCGGGAAGCUCGCUUAUUGACAUGUAUGCCAAGUGUGGAGAUAUAGGGGCUGCUCGAAAAGUCCUCUCUUGUAUGCCUGAACGGAAUGUGGUCUCCAUGAAUGCUUUGGUUGCUGGUUAUGCUCAAAAUAAUUUAGAGGAAGCCAUUGUUUUGUAUCAGGAGAUGAUGGCUGAAAGAUUGACCCCAAAUGAAAUAACUUUUGCUAGUCUUCUAGAUGCAUGUGACGGACAUCAUACAUUUAAUCUGGGAACACAAAUCCACUGUCUUAUAGUAAAGAGAGGCCUUUUGUAUGAUGCUGACUUCUUGGGUGUCUCUCUAUUGGGUAUGUAUAUGAAUUCCAAGAGAAAUACAGAUGCAAGUAUUCUCUUCUCAGAGUUCAAAAAUCCAAAAAGCAAAGUUUUAUGGACUGCUAUUAUUUCAGGACACACUCAAAAUGAUUUCAAUGAGGAGGCCUUGCAUUUCUAUCAGGAAAUGCGUAGCCACAAUGUCAUACCUGAUCAGGCUACAUUUGUCAGUGUCCUUAGAGCAUGUGCUAUCUUAUCUUCUUUGAGAGAUGGUACAGAGAUCCAUUCUCUAAUAUUUCACAUUGGUUAUGAUUUAGAUGAGUUAACAUGUGGUGCAAUUGUAGACAUGUAUGCUAAAUGUGGAGAUGUGAAAAGUGCAGUUCAAGUUUUUGGUGAAAUGGGGAACAAAAAUUUUGUUAUUUCCUGGAACUCAAUGAUAGUUGGAUUUGCAAAAAAUGGUCAUGCAGAAGAUGCACUAAAGAUCUUUGAUGAGAUGAAGCAAACUCAUGUUAUGCCUGAUGAUGUCACAUUCCUUGGUGUCCUAACAGCAUGCAGCCAUGCAGGUAAGGUAUCCGAAGGUCGACAGAUCUUUGACAUUAUGGUAAACUGCUACGGGAUUCACCCUAGAGUAGAUCAUUGUGCCUGCAUGGUUGAUCUUUUUGGCCGAUGGGGUUUUCUUAAAGAGGCCGAGGAAUUCAUCAACAAACUGAAUUUUGAACCUGAUGCUAAGAUUUGGGCUACACUGCUAGGUGCUUGUGCGAUACAUGGAGAUGAUAUAAGGGGAAGGUGGGCAGCCAAGAAACUCAUUGAUUUGGAACCCCAAAAUUCUUCUCCGUAUGUGCAGCUUUCUAAUAUAUUUGCUGCAUCAGGAAAAUGGAGUGAAGUUAACACUUUGAGGAGGGAAAUGAGAGAAAAAGGAGUGAAAAAGUUGCCUGGAUGUAGCUGGAUUGUUGUAGGACAGGAAACAAACUUGUUUGUUGCAGGGGAUACAUGUCAUCCUAAUUCAGAUGAUAUUCGUGCAGUUCUGAAGGAAUUGACAGAAUUAAUGAAAAAGGAUCGCCAUCUCCCUGAAAUUGAAUCUUUUUGGCAUGAUGAAAUGUGAGGGGACCCUUGAUUUUCAUUACAAUCUACCUACUUGAGCAGAUGUGAAACUAUUAUUCAUUAUUCAGUUUAAUGCAUGCUGUAUGAGGCAUGUAUUGAUGGCAAGGGGAUCAGCAGUCAAGACCCGAGUUUUUAGAGGUCUGAAUAUUAAAUCGCUUGUACUGGUUUGCUGAAGAGAUUCUCAGCAUUAUAAUACUCGAGAUCUAUGGACUCAAUGACCUAUGCUAAAUUAAAGUAAGUUGCUGGGGAGUUACAACGUGGCAGUCAGAGUCAAGGGACCUGGAAGCCAAGGAUCGCUUUGCAAUGGACAGCCUAGCAUAUUUUGGAGUUAGUUUUUUAUCACUAAUUCUGGCUUCUCAAUUUUGGUGGGAAGAGGAGCACCAGAAGACAUUAUCUAUCUUUUUCACAAUAAGGUCUUCUACUAAUUAUUUUUAGCAUGAAUCAUUGGUACAGUGGGUUGUGGCAUUACUAGUAGGAAGAUGGUUGAUAGAAGCAGCACUAGAAUUAUAAUAUGAACAGAGUUUGAUGAAUUCCA